AUGACAGAACAAGUUGAAAAAGAAACUUCAUCAGCAGGCAUUUUGAAAAGGACUACUCCAUUACCACCGGUUCCAGAGGGCAUGUCAAAGAAACAAUGGAAAAAACAAUGGAAAAGACAACAAUUUAAAGAACGUAAAGAUGAAUAUGCAGAUAUUCGUCGUGAGAAGCGUAAACUUGCUCGUGAGAGAAGACGUACAAAAGUGAAAGAAUAUGAAGAACGUGGUGAAGAAGUGCCUGAUGAAUUAAAACGUCCACCCAAGGUAAACGUUAAACAAGUGGAUUCGGGUGUUUCUCUUAUAAUAGAUUGUGGAUUUGAUGAUCUUAUGAAUGAUAAAGAAAUUAUUAGCUUGUCUAAUCAGAUCACAAGAGCAUACUCGGCUAAUAGACGCGCAGAUCAUUACUCUAAGAUUAAAGUGACUAGUUUUGGUGGAAGACUACAGAAGAGGUUUGAAGAUGAUCUAAAUAAUUGUAAUCAUAAUCAGUGGAGACAUUUUGAAUUUGUUGCUGACGAUGAGGCAAUCACCGGACCUCAUAUGGAUAAAAGUAAAAUGAUAUAUCUAACAGCUGAUACUGAUGAAGAAUUAGAUACUUUAAAACCAGGUAUGACAUAUAUUAUUGGUGGUAUCGUCGAUAAGAAUAGGCAUAAAGCUUUGUGCUAUAAUAAAGCCAAGGAAUUAGGAAUUACAACUAAAAGGUUACCAAUCGACGAAUUCAUUAAAAUCGCUGGAAGAAGAGUUCUUACUACGACUCAUGUUGUACAAUUAAUGUUGAAAUAUUUUGAUCGUCAUUACUGGAAAGAAGCCUUUGAAAGUAUAUUACCACCAAGAAUAAUAGAGGGGAAAAGCAGAGGAAGUAGUGAAGUAGUGGAUAACGAAGAAACAGAGGAGUAA